GAGGGCUGUAAAAUAAACAUCGAUAAAUAUGAUACGUGCAAAAUAUGUUUCCAUUUAAUCUAUCGGCUCAAUCGAAAAUAUCGGCUAAACAUAUCGAUAUCUCAGGCGCACGUGUACUGCAUUUGUUUUCAUCUGCCGUAUGCAUUCAACUCGGUUAAAAUAGAUUAUUUAAAUGGGUGCAAAGAGUAAAAAAUCCAACGCCGAUGCGGUAUAUUCGAAGAAGUCAGUUAAAACGAGUAAUCCCUUCGAUGCUGCAAUAUCGCAAACAGCUAAACGGUUGAAUCCGUUCGACGUGCACGUGAAUAAAGAAAAAUUUAAAAUCUUGGGUCGGAUUUGCAAACAUGAUCGGGGUUUACCUGGAGUUUCUCGCGCUAAGGCACAUCAGAAGCGAGUCGAAACACUCGGCAAGCAAUAUGCGGUUAAGCACAAAACUAACAAAUUUAUGGACCAUCGCAUUGGCAAGCACCUUACCGGUGAGCAGCUCACCGAAUCUGUGAUGAAUGCACGAUUUUUGGCUGAAAAAUUAUCUCAGGUGCGCGCCUCAAAUAAGGCAGAGAAAUUUAACCUGAACGACGAUGAGUUGCUGACACACAGAGGCCAAACACUGGAGGAGAUUGAAAAAUACAGAGACGAGCGUUCUGAUGAUGAGGAGUUAGAGGAUGAAGGUCUGGACGCUGAGUUCACUUCUACGGCUCAUUUUGGUGGUGGAGGCGACGCGGCGCAAGAUCGCCAAGCGGCUAUAGAAGAAAUGAUUAGUGAGCAGAAACGUCGGAAAAACGAAAUCGCGAAGGAUAAGGAUGAAGUGCAUGAUCUGACUGAAAAGUUGGAUGCCAACUACAAGGACUUAUUGUCGCUGGUUGCACAGGCAACUAAAGACGAGCAACAUGAAAAGCCGCCGCCCGAUGCUUAUGACAAGUUACUGAAAGAGAUGAUCUUCGAGCCGCGUGGCAGUGUAACAGACAAACUCAUUAAACCAGAGGAGCUGGCAAAACAGGAGGCUGCUCGCCUGGAAAAACUCGAAAAUGAACGUUUGCGCCGCAUGAAAGCGGAUGGUGAAGAGCAGGAAACAAAUAUACAGACUACUCACCGUUCAGCAGAUGAUUUGGAUGAUGGUUACUUUGCUGCAGGCAAUGAUGAUGAUGCCGACGAUACUUUAGCAUACGAUUUGGAUGGCAAUCUGGGGACACAUUUGAAUAGCAAAAAGGACUAUCAGACUGGGCAGAGUGACGAUAAGUCUGCGGAAGAUUCUGAAAAUGAGGACGACGGUGAAGAAAGUAACAGUGACUCUGAUUCUGAGGUAGAUAACUUAAGCGAUCUUAAAGAAUCUGGCAGUGAGUCGGAUUCGGAGCCAGACCACACUCCGCAACCCAAAACAACUAAAAUCAAACCUCAAAAGCAGAAGUUUUCAGAAACGGCUGACACCAGUAUACCAUACACUAUCAAAAUGCCGAAGACAUAUGAGGACUUCACUGAGCUACUGGUCAAGUAUACGCCGACACAGCAGGUCACAGUUGUGGAGCGCAUCAUCAAGUGCAAUCAUCCCAAGCUGGAAGGCGUUAAUCGUGAGAAUGUUGUCAAACUCUACGCCUUCUUGCUACAUUACAUCAAAGAUAUGUUCGAGGAUGCCAGCGAGCAGGACAUUGGCUUGCAUUUCCAAUUUGUUUCUCAGCUAAUGCCCCAACUGCAUGAUCUGAGCCAUCUGAAUUCUGAGCGCAUGUCUAACACUUUGUUAGAUUUGAUUAAGGAAAAAUACGCUGAGUACCGCAAAAAUCACAAAGCUUAUCCUACGCUGGACACACUCAUCUACUUUAAGCUCGUCUCAAAUCUAUAUUCCACCUCGGAUUUUCGACACCCUUUGGCUACUCCUACGUAUAUUUUCAUGCAGCAUAUUCUGUCGAGAGCGCGCGUUCGUACGCGCCAAGACAUAGCCAUGGGUCUGUUUAUAGUCACCAUUGCACUGGAGUUCAGCUCUCGAUCCAAGCGUUUACUUCCCGCUAUUUUCAAUUUCCUGCUGGGCAUCGUUCAUAUGGCCAUAGCCAAGCGACACGAACAGCUGGAGAUUGUGCCGCCAUUCGAGCGAGAUGGUCCUUUUAGUAAAUUGUUGGCCAUUCCAGCGACGAGCGAGACUAAAACGCUCCUACCACAAAAGUUGCAGACUGCAGAUCUGGUAACACACACGAUAAGCCUGGACUUCAAGGUGCGCGCACUGGACACGACGCUGUGUCUAAUCAAACAAAUAUUUGAUGAACAAAUGGGUGAACACACGGGUGCCUGCUAUUUGGCUGGUCCCUUUCUGCCGCUAAUCGAGCAUCUGCCGGUGAAUCUAUACCCUGACCAUGUGCAGCAACACUGUGCAGAAGCAAAGUCAACGCUGAAGUCGGUAGCGGAGCAGAAAAUGAAGCCUCUGGCGCCGCCCGAUAAGAAGCCAAAAGCCUUGCGGCUGCUGGAGCCUCGCUUUGAGGUAGUAUACGACGAUAAGCGACGACCCAAGAUGUCCAAGCAGAAGGAGGAACGCGUUAAGCUUCUACACAAGAUCAAGCGCGAAAAGAAAGGCGCCAUUCGCGAAAUACGCAGAGACACGGCCUUUGUGCAAGAUCUCAAACUCAAGCAGCAGAUACGAAGCGAUAAGGAGCGUCACGAAAAGGUUAAACGCAUCUACCAAGAAGCCUCCGUACAGCAGGGCGAACUUAAUGAAUUGGCGCGCUCCAAGAAACGUAAAAAGUUCUAAGUUCCAGUUGUGUAUGAAAAGUGCUAACGCAAAUGAUGUUAUUUUUAAUUAUUACAAAAACAAAAUU